CUUCCUUCCGGGAAAGGAAACCAGUUUAGAUCCUCUCCAGUUCCUGACUUUUGUGAGACCCUUCUCCAACAAGUUCCAUGAUUUAGAGCCCCCCAAUCCCCGUCCGUGGAUAUUGGGAGCCCCUGUGUGCUGGGAGUACGCUCCUCCGCUUCCGUCCCAGUCCCGGAAUGUUCGACGUCGCCCCCGGCCACAAUCCGCGGCCACAAUCCGCGGGUGUUAGGAGCCCCUCCCCCACCGCGGGCGUUCUUCCCGCCCGGCCAUGGCAGCGCGGGCUCUGGCGGGCGCCUUGGUCCUGGCGCUGUGGGGCUGGACGCUGGGGCCGGCUGGGGCUGUGGAUGCCAUGGGCCCCCACGCAGCCGUCCGUCUGGCGGAGCUGCUGACCCCGGAGGAGUGCGGCCACUUCCGGUCGCUCCUGGAGGUGCACCCGCCUGACGUCGAGGCCGAGCUGGCCCGGCUUUCUGAGGACCAGCUGGCGCGGCCCGGGCCGCUGCCGACCACCUCGGGGUCGUCUGGCCGGCUGUGGAGGCGGCGGCGGCGGCGGGAGGCGGCCGAGGACCCGGCGGAGGACACGGUGGGCAGGUCGCCCGAGCCCGGGGAGGUCUCCGACGGCUGCCGGGAGGCGUUGGCGGCCUGGCUGGCUGCCCAGGCCACGUCCCUGUCUUGGGACCGCGUGGCCCGGGCCUUGCGGCGUAGCGGACGCCCGGACGUGGCCAGGGAGCUGGGCAAGAACCUUCACCAGCAGGCGACGCUGCAGCUGCGCAAGUUCGGGCAGCGCUACCUGCCGCCGCCAGGCGCCGCCGCUCCGGGCGCGGCCCCCGCCCCGGCCCAGCGCCCCCGGCGCGCCUCGGACCCCACGCCGAACUGGGACGCGUUGGAGCUGAUCGUGGAGCGCCUGCCCCAGCCCCCGUACGAGCGGAGCCCCACGGGCUGGGCCGGGCCGCUGGCGCUCGGCCUCCUCACCGGCUUCGUGGGGGCGCUGGGCACCGGGGCGCUGCUCAUCCUGGCCACGCUGUGGAUCACGGGCGGCGACGGCGACCCGCCCGCCACUCCCCGGCUCGGGCCCGCCGAGGCGCAGGGCUGCUGGGAAACGAAGCCGCUUUUGACUAAACAGCAGCUCACGUCCCCGGGGGCCUGGGCUGCAGGUGGGCCAGAUCCUCCCUCGCCUCAUGCCCUCCACUGUGAAAUGGGAGCACGGUCCUGGUGGAGUGCUGCUUUGGACGGAUUAUAA